ACAUGCCCAACCAAUCAGAUUGAGACAAGUGGAGGUACAAAGGAAGUGGGGGAUCCAAAAAGUCCUUUCAAGUUUCAACCUGCACACUACAAAUUAUUAUAUAUAGCAACUCAGACAAGAAUCUAAAACUAAAUCAAAUCCCAAUGACCUAUUCAAAUUCAGACAACUUCCACUCGUACCCACCACUCUUUCGCCCGAUCCCGGGAGUUGACCAUGGGGAACAGUACUCCCCAAACCCAGAAUUCGAUUCAGAUUCUGAAUCCGACAUUCCUGUGGUGGAUCUCGGGUCGUCCAUGAGCCCAGCUGAAAACCUGAGCGAAAUAUGCAGGGAGUGGGGCAUGUUCAGGCUGGUUAACCAUGGGGUUCCAAUGGAGCUUCUGACCCAGCUUCAUGAGCAUGCCAAUAAGUUGUUUUCCCUUGAUUUCGAGUCCAAACAAGCCUUAACCACCACCCCUAUAUUCUACUUCUGGGGCAGCCCAGCUCUUACUAUGUCUGGAAAUGUACAACAAACAGGCCCUUGUGCAGACAACCUUAACUGGUUGGAAGGUUUGAAUGUUCCUUUAGCCAACAACUCCAACUUUGAGUAUGAUGAUCCACUGCUUGAGUCCUUCAGGUCUUUGUUAGAAGAGUAUGGCAACCACCAAAGGAGGCUGGCCAAGGCAAUAUUCAGAGCCAUGGCUGAGGACCUCAACUUCCCUCCAUCGAAAUCCAAAUCUUAUUUAUCUUUGUCCAGUGGAUUUUUGCGUGUCUAUCGCUACCUUCGUUGCCCAAUGUCUGGUCGAAGAUGGGGCAUUGAUUCUCAUACAGAUAGCUCGGUCCUUUCAAUACUUCAUCAAGAUCAAGUAGGCGGCCUCCAAGUUUUCAAGAACGACAAAUGGCUGGAUGUUAAGCCGAUUUACGACACUCUGAUUGUCAACCUCGGAGAUAUGAUGCAGGCCAUGAGCAACGACAGCUACAUAAGUGUGAAGCACAGAGUGAGAGUCAAUAAGGAGAAAGAAAGAAUAUCAAUAGGCUAUUUUGUUUUCCCAGUCGAGGAUGCGGUGAUAAAAAGCUCAAGGUAUAGGCCCUUCACUUAUCCUGAGUUUCAGGCAGCCAAGGAAUUGGACUUGAAGACUAUGGGGGUUAAGAUCGGUCUUCCCAGAUUCAGAAUCACUGAAGACGACUGAUUUGUUCGUUGCUUCAUCAAGUCAAUACUUUUUGUAAAAGUCCAUAUUAUGUGCUUCAUGUAUAUUUUUAGACAAUAUUAGUGAAUUAGGAAAAACAAAUAAAAGAAUUAAAUUGGCUUGGAUAUAUGGGAACAUUGUUAGACUUUCGUGUC